UGGGAGCUGGUACCUGUCAAAUUCGGGUACCCGCUCCCACUUCCGCUGCGAUCGCCUAGGCGAUGGGAAGCGGACGUUGUCCUCCUGCCCUCUCUCCCCGUAGUCUUCUGGAACACGUGACAGGUCCCAGAAGACUACGGGACCAUUCACAAAGCGCAGCGCUUCUCGCGCAUGCGUCGUGCGCAUCCCGGCUGUGAAGCCAGAAGCUGUCACAGCCGGGUGCCCACACUGAAGAUGCCGGCGCCAAGGAGAGAAGAUGGCCAGUGAAACCAGCGGUGGUGAGGACACCACUG